CUCAAAGACGAGCUCAAAGCGGCCAUGAAGGGUAAACAGCCCGAUCUCGUCUCCAUCCUCAAACCGCUCCUCUCCGAGCACCAACUCGCUUCCAAAAGUGCCGCCGGAGCAGCAGGCUCAGCUGCCGUCUCUCUCCUCAGUCUAGUUCGUAAACACGUCGCUCGUCGAACUGAAGCGGCGAAACAGUAUACUGAUGCUCAACGGGAGGAUCUAGCUUCAAAGGAGCACAAGGAGGCUGGAUUUCUACAGCGUUUUUUACCUCGGCAGAUGGAUGAAGAGGAAUUGAAGGGGAUUGUGGGACAGGUAGUGGAUGCUGCUAGGGGAAAGGGAAUUGAUGGAAAGAAGUUGAUGGGGAGUGUGAUUAGAGAGGUUAAGGAGGUGGUGGGAGGAAAGGCAGAGGGGGCGAAGAUCAAGGAGGUGGUGGAAAAGGUGAUUAAG